AUGAAGCAAAUUCAGAUAUUUUCAGUCUGGCAAGAGAUGCGGUCUCUGUUCGAGUCAAAUGCGUCAACCAACAAGACAAUUGCUCAACUAUGUGAACUGGUCAAAACGGAAACCAUUUCCCAUGAAGGCAAUGAUGACCCUGCUUGGGCUGAAAAUGUCGUGAAAACGUUAGCGAAACGACUAAAGAAGGCGAAAUACCUAGACGAAUUGGCCAAAGCUAUAGUCAGUGAACAUCGGCAUUCGAACUGUUGCGCCAUACCAAAUGAAGUCGACAAAAAGAAGUCCAUGGUAAAGGAUCGAUCUCACCUCUUGUAUAUUAAAAUGUGGAGAUUUCCGUGGUUGAAGUCUUUUCGCGAGCUAAAAGCAGUCGACAACUGUCGUUAUCCGUACUCCAAGAAAGCGGAUCUAGUCUGCAUCAAUCCUUACCAUUACGAACCGAUACAUGCAAAAGCACCCCCUCUGCCACCAGUUGUUGUUAACAAAAGGGCAGGCUACUACUCAGCGGCACCAGCUACAAUGACCACGCUCAACAAUCACGGAUUUUCAUCACAGUUCUAUGAGGACCGUGCUCCUAAUGCCUCGAUUAAUGUGGAUGAAAUGCGUGCACAUUACCUAUCUGAGGAGAAUUCCCCGACAAGUAGCUACACUGGGUCCCCUUCGUCAACCUCUCCGCUCCCUAGGUUUGCUGUACCAUCAUCAUCAGUUUCGGCAUCAAACUUUGGAUCAACUGACUCGUCUCCGCCUAUGUCAUUUGGACAGCAACUUCCAUCAUCUCCAACAAAGGGAUUACCGCAGGCACAAUCACCGUUGAGUCCAAAUUCGUAUUUGAGCGAAGACCGUGAUGAACACGAAAUGAUGGAUACUAGUGAUGACCGUAAUCAUACAUUCACCUCCAAUUUCCCACGUCAUUCUGGAGCCGAUUGUAAGAAUCAUUUAUCCUCAAAUGUGCGUGCUCCUAAUGCCUCGAUUAAUGUGGAUGAAAUGCGUGCACAUUACCUAUCUGAGGAGAAUUCCCCGACAAGUAGCUACACUGGGUCCCCUUCGUCAACCUCUCCGCUCCCUAGGUUUGCUGUACCAUCAUCAUCAGUUUCGGCAUCAAACUUUGGAUCAACUGACUCGUCUCCGCCUAUGUCAUUUGGACAGCAACUUCCAUCAUCUCCAACAAAGGGAUUACCGCAGGCACAAUCACCGUUGAGUCCAAAUUCGUAUUUGAGCGAAGACCGUGAUGAACACGAAAUGAUGGAUACUAGUGAUGACCGUAAUCAUACAUUCACCUCCAAUUUCCCACGUCAUUCUGGAGCCGAUUUGGUACAAGAGCUCGUUGAAUAUUGCGAGCCAGAGUGUUGGAUGUCAAUAACGUAUUACGAAGAAGGCAAGCGAGUUGGAGAUCCCUUCAAUGUGCGGUCUCAUUACCUACUUGUGGAUGGUUAUCCCUCGCCAAGUUCUGAAGAGAGAUUUUGCCUUGGUUACUUUGAUGUCGAGAAUCGUCCUGUACCCGUAAUAGAUGCACGUCGACAAGUUGGCCGAGGAGCGAGGUUCUAUUAUAUCGGUGGAGAGGUAUACUGCGAGUGUCUCUCUGACGCGGCUGUUUUUGUCCAAUCUCCUAACUGCAAUCAACGCCACGGCUGGCAUCCAACAACUGUUUGUAAGGUGUGUUUAGAAGGCAUAUGA